CAGGUGAGCUUUGAGGGACCGGGGUAGUAUGAAGCCAAAAUCUCGCGAUACUUCAUCGGGAGGGGCGUGUCAGAUUCCAGGAGUAGAGAGAGAACGUGAGAGAAAGAGAGAGAGUGAGUGGGAUAGGGGCGCUGUGUUCUACUGCAAAGCCUUUGCAAAGAUGGGGGACGACAAGCCUUUUGUGUGCAGUGCUCCUGGCUGUGGGCAGAGGUUUACUAAUGAGGACCACCUGGCUGUCCACAAACACAAACAUGAAAUGACGCUGAAGUUUGGACCCGCCAGGACUGACUCAGUCAUCAUUGCAGACCAGACGCCGACUCCCACUCGUUUCCUGAAAAACUGUGAAGAGGUGGGCUUGUUCAAUGAGCUGGCCAGCUCCUUCGAGCAGGAGCUCCCUAAGGCCCAGGAAGAUGAGGACAAGAGGGCCAAGAACCCGUUGCCUGCUCUUAAUUCAGGAGCACUUGAUAUGAGUUUGCAGACGCCUUCAGAUGUUAAGGUGAAAGAGGAGGACCCUGUGGAGGUGGACUCCUCUCCACCUAGCAGCCCUGACUCCAUGUCCAGUAUGUCAGACAGCAGCAAAGAGCCCUUAAGAAGAGGAAAGGAUUCUCCCUCGAAGCCUGCCUUCAGUUCGGCUCCCACCCCUGCCAUAGUGCGUCCUGGCUCCCUCCCCCUGCACCUGGGUUAUGACGGCCUGCAGCCCACCAUGCCCUCCCCUACCUCCGUCAUCACACACACCCCACCAUCCAACCGCACACUGGGGUCUCCCACAGUGCCGUACCCAAUGAUGAUGCUUCCCAAUGGUCAAACAGUUCCUGUUCUUCCAGGUCCUAUGCAGAUGCCCUCUGUAAUAUCUCUGGCGAGACCCCUGUGUAUGGUUCCCAACAUUCCAGGAAUACCCGGCCCUCCACUAGGGGGCAGCAGCAGCGGCUCGUCUUCACCCUCUGGUUACAACCCCCACAAUGAGGCCAAGAUGAGGCUGAAGGCAGCAUUGUCUCAGCAGACGUAUGCGGCUCAGGGUUGUCUUGGUGUGGCGAUGGGGUCCAGUGCGAUGAUCCCUCAGAGAGUGGAGCAAAGCCAGCUGCUGGUCCAGCAUCCAGAUGCCCCAUCCCCUGCUCAGCCACAGGUGUCACCCGCUCAGCCCACCGGAGGGCGCAGGCGGAGGACAACUGAUGACGACCCCGAUGAGAGGAGGCAGCGCUUCCUGGAGCGGAACCGGGCAGCAGCUUCUCGUUGCAGACAGAAACGCAAGAUAUGGGUCAGCUCUCUGGAGAAGAAGGCUGAAGAACUCACCUCCUUCAACGUCUCGCUGUCGAACGAGGUGUCUCAUCUACGAAAUGAAGUUGCGCAUCUGAAACAGUUGCUGUUAGCCCAUAAAGACUGUCCUGUCACCAACCGCCAGAAGAAAGCUGUCUACUUGGGAGAGGAACACAUGAAAGAUAGAUCUGAGCCCACGGGUUCCCCGGCACCGGUCAUUCAGCACAGCUCUCUGGCCCCCAGCCCCUCAUCUGCAGCAGGGCCCAAUGGCCUGAGCUCCCGCGCCGCGGCCGAGGCGGUGGCCAUGUCAGUGCUGGCGGGGAUGGGCAGCCAGCGGGGGGAGAGUGGUGGACCGGCACACGUCAUCAUGGCCACACAGUCCCACCCAUCCAGCAGAUGAUGAGCGCAGCUAACUGUCUGCCUGGGACUCUCCACAUCCCAGGAGAGGGGCAGAUCCGUGAGAGGAGAAUGCACUCUGUUCCCAUUCUUCAGUCUGGUUCUCUCUCAUGCCAUCAAGCUCUGGCCUGGAGAUCAGCUGCAUUCUGGGAAUGAAACUGGGACUGUGGACACAUACUGUUAUAGAGAGAGACUUAAGGAGAUUGACAUUCACUAUGCCAUAGACUACGGGGGCUGGACUCCAAACCAUGCUCUCAUUUGCAUCCUCUAUAACUCCUGCUCCUUCCUUCAACUUCCUUCUGCUCCUCCACUGGCUGUAGGACUGCAAAGCACUUCCUGUCAUUAAAUGUAUCCCCACAGACACACGCUGCAAUAAGGACAUUGCCUGAACCGUGACUGUGCACUUUGUUUAUGUGUGUGUGUGCACAAUAAUUUACACACACACACACACACACACACACAAGCAGGCUGCAUCUAGAAGUUGUGAUGAUAUAUAUAUAUAUAUAUAUAUAUAUAUAUAUAUAUAUAUAUAUAUAUAUAUAGUGCUGGGCAACGAUUACAUUUUUUAAUCGCGAUUAAUCCAUUAUUGGUCUGAGAUUAAUCGCAUUAUGCACAGAACUAAUAAUGCAUUCAAAAGUAGUGUAUUGUACACUUUUUUUUUCAUUUAAAAGUAGUGCUAUAUUAACAAAAGUGUAAUAACAUUUGGUUUGGAAACACCUUAAACAUUAUUGAGUGCAGAUCUUCUGAUACGUGCUGCAUGAUUGCGUGAAUAUUGCUGCAAAAACUGCAAAAGCGAUAGAUCUGUAAAGCAAUAUAUUGUGAGAGGGCCGUGUGUUACCGCGUCCCAUACGACUCAGAAUAAUAAACCAAAGUUAACAAAAUGAUCCACUCCACUGUGUUGAGUAAGAGCACUUCUCUGCUGUCUUCACAUGCUACUGGAAAUGUUCUUUCCAACUUAUAGAGUCAUGAUUACAAGCUUGUUGCAUUAUUUUCUGUAAAAAAUAACAGUGCACAGUGGUUUGUGAAUGUUGAUUCUUAUCCUAAAUAAUUUGAUCGGCGCAUCCCCUCCUGUGACAGAUGAUUUGUCAGUCUGUGCAUUCAGAGCCAGUGAGCAACGGACUUUCAUAAUAAUAAAAUAAUAAUUAUUAAUUAAUUGAUAAUAAAAAAAAUCAAUUAAUGCUUUAAAAAUUAAGUUGCCCAGCCCUAAUAUAUAUAUAUAUAUAUAUAUAUAUAUAUACACAUAAAUAUAAAUAUAUGUAUUAGUAAGUGUGUGUGUGUGUAUGUGUGUUUGAGAGAAACAUGAUGCUUUAAUGUUCUGUAGGUUCUUCUACUUUGCUAUUUUAGAACAGUUUUUUAGUUUUCAGGUGGCCACCUCCCUAAUCUGACCCUCGCUCAUCUUACCUCAUUUUUAACCUGAUAUCUACGUUUAUAAUCAACGUGUGCAUGUGUGCUUCUCGUGUGGGUGUACAGUAAUGUCUAAUGAAAAUAGCAGCUUGUGAAGGACUGAUACACUAAGACUGCCUUGUUAGCAUGCAAACGUUUCGCUAUAUAUAAACUAUUGAUUGGCACAUUGCGUUCAGUUUGGCCUAUGGAAUCUCAUAACUGUCGUUUUGUUUGGUCCUAUCAUUGUUUUCUUGUGUACAACAAACUCAGAAACCGCAAACAGCAUACUGUCUGAGGACAUUAUGAAUGAUUCAAUUUAAUCAGGACCAUUGUGUCCGGUCCAGAGUCUUGAGAAAUCUAUGUAUUGACUGUCCUAAAUUAUACCAUUUCCUUUCCCUGUGA